GGACUCCUCCGAGCCGCCUCGGGGGCGGGGCGUAGCGCGUGAGGGCCGGCGGCAAGAGCCCGCCCAGAGCGGAAGCGGAAAUGCGUGACGGCGUUAAAGCGUUGCCACGCCCUCCACCGGCCUCUUUCCGUCUCCGGCCGCGGCCUAGUGAGGAGCCGCCAGCAUGUCUGCGCAUCUGCAAUGGAUGGUCGUGAGGAAUUGCUCCAGCUUUCUCAUCAAGAGGAACAAGCAGACGUACAGCACCGAACCCAAUAACCUGAAGGCCCGCAACUCCUUCCGGUACAAUGGGCUGAUCCACCGCAAGACUGUGGGUGUGGAACCCGCCGCCGACGGCAAAGGGGUCGUGGUGGUCAUGAAACGGAGAUCUGGUCAGCGAAAGCCAGCUACGUCCUAUGUGCGAACCACCAUCAACAAGAAUGCACGGGCCACCCUCAGCAGCAUCAGGCACAUGAUCCGCAAGAACAAGUACCGCCCCGAUCUGCGCAUGGCUGCCAUCCGCCGAGCUAGUGCCAUCCUGCGCAGCCAGAAGCCUGUGGUGGUGAAGAGGAAACGGACCCGCCCCACUAAGAGCUCCUGAGCACCACACCCACAAAAGCAAUAAAGAAUUGUCAAAUUUCUUUACCAC